AUGGUAGUUGUGCAAAUUAAAGUAGUGUUCUUUAUUGGCCGGACUGAUUUGGUGAAUUCUAAACCUGUGGGUUCAGUGAAUCAUAUCCCAUUAGAUGCAAAAAUUAUAAAAUUAUGUGGAUCGUUUCGAUCAUUCUUUUUAUUUGGAGACAAGUACAAUAUACAAAUGUUAUGAAAUUAGGGAUGAUAUCUGGGUUUUUGGUGAUAACUCACAUGGAUAAUUGGGUUUGGGGGAAAUCUCUGAUGUACAAAAGAAACCUUAAAAAUUAGAGUGCAAUUAUAGCUUAAUAUCUUGUUCUGAGACUUACACUUAUGGUUAUUAUUAAGAUAGAAUGUAUUAUUGGGGUGAAAACAAUUUCUCUUGUUCUUAAUUUAAAGGGAAGUGUUUGCGUGGUAAAUAGGUUUCAGUGAAAUCAGUAAUUUAACUAAAUGCUUAGAACGAGCGUUUCUAUUAUAUUUCAAAUGGAGAUUUGUAUGGAUAAGGGUUUACAAGUUUAUUAGGAGUAAAAAUGAAUGUAGUAUCAACAGUAAAGCCUGUAUUAAUAAUGAAUAAGGUAAGGAAGAUAGCGUGUUCAAAUACUCAUUCAUUGGUUUUGGAUGAGAAUAAUUGGGUUUAUUCUUGGGGUAAUGGCAAGAAUGGAGAGUUAGGAUUAUAGAUGGCUGGUUAUUCGUUCUAAACCUUUGUAUAAUGUCCAACAAGAAUAAUGUAACUAGAAGAUAUUUAAGAUGUUUAGUGUGGGAUGAGUUAUAGUUUAGUAUUAAAUUAAGAAGGAGUAAUAUAUGAAUGGGGAAGUGGAUUAUAAAACAUGUCCUUUGAGGACGCUUUGAAGAUAAAGGAAGUUUAAAUGCCAAAUACUUAUUCGAAUAUUCGUAAGAUUGAGGUGGCAUUGAAGUAAGCUGCUUGUGUUGAUUAACUUGGUCGUUUAUAUUAAUGGAAUGUAAAAAAUCCUAAUCCAUAAUAUGUUAAGACAGGGUUUCGAUGUGAAUAAUUUAUUUGUGGAGAUGAUAUUGUAUUGUUUAUUGGAAAUGAAUAAGCAUAUAGAGUCUCUGAACAUUUUAAAUAAUAGAUAAAAGAUAGAGUUUAAAAAUACAAAGAAUAUGUAGAGAUGAAAAAUAAUAAAAUUAGGAAUAUGUAUUAUGAUGAGAAUAAGAAGACUAAAUGUCUUUAAGAGAUAAAUUCUAAAAUAUUGGAUUAAUAAGUUAAGUAAAUGAGACCUGAAGAUUUCUUAUAUACAAGAUUAUAAAGAAAGUCAUCUAUGUAUGUUUAACAAUUGAAGAGAAGAAGUACAAUGAUGGUACCUGAAGAAUUUCGAGAAGGACAAAAUUCCAUUCAUAAAAAGAGAUCAAGUACAACUAGAUUAGAAAUGGUAAAAGAGAAAAUAAAUAUUGUUAAAUAAUUUAAAGUCUAAGAUAAAAUGAGAGAAUCUGCCAAAGAGGUAAAGAGUCUUAAAGAGUCAUGGGAAGUAUUUCGUAAACUUUCACAAGAUUCAGAAACAAGAAUUUAAUAAAGAACUAAAAUACCUUUAAAUAUUUUGAAUACAAAAUUAUAUUAAGCAAUUGAAAUUGAUAAAGUUUCUGAUCUCAUUUUAGAAUCUGAAAGAUUGAAUCCUUUGUAUAUACCUUAUUAAGGAUAAAUUAUUAAAUCAUAACCAAUAUGUUAAAGAGAAUAAAAUAUUCAAUCAUAACCUGGUAGUUAAAGAGAAUCAAGAUAAAUUAUUAAAUCAUAGACUGUUACAGAAUCAAGAUAAAUUGUAAAAUCAUAACCUACAACUUAGAGAGAAUAUAUUGAUGAUCAAUCUCAUAAUGAAUUUAUUGAUAGUCCUGAUAUUAUGAAAUAUGAAUAUGUCAAAAGAAUUCAUAACGGAUAUCAUGAAAAAUUAUUAAUGGAUAAUUUAAUGACCAAAGAACAAUGUUUUUUACCUAUAAAAUGGAAGAGAUUGAAAGAUGAUACUAAAAUCUUUUAAGGAAAAUAUUAGAAAAUGCAAGAAAGAUUACUCAAAUAAUAAAGAGAGGCCAAAAAAAUGAUUAAAAUAAGUGACGCAUGA